CCGUCAGACUGGUCAAACCCGUUUCACUGACACGAGCUGAGCCCCUCUUUUGAAGUAAUUUAGUGUGCAUGCCCUGGUGUUCAAUCUCUGUGUGUAUAUACAUUUUCCCCCUGUACUGUUUAAACCCUUCAGUAGGUAGUGUGUGGAUCUUCAUUGACAUGGCCACAGCCGAGGGCAGCCUGGAGGUUAUCCAGAGGCACUAUGAGAAGGCUUUCGAGUGCCUCAACAUGGGACUGUCGGAGGACGAGGCAGGACACAAGGCUACAGCUCUGAUGUUCUAUAGGCUGGGCCGCCAGCACCUCCUUCAAGGGCUUGAAGUGCCCACCCACGGAGAGGCCGGGAGUGCAGGAGCCGCCUGGGACGCAGCUAGGCAGAUGCAGUUGAAGAUGAACGAGACUCUGAGCACCAUCACCACACGUCUGGCCAUACUGGAUUCGACACCACCGCAGGGGAAUGUCCGGACCCCAUCCCAGCACCUCUACCCGAGCUUGCCAGCCGUACAGACAGACUCCACCUCACACAGUUCAGCGAUGGCUGCUGCCCGAAACCUGUAUCCAACUGUUCCACGGAUAGAGCCGCCACUGCUACCAAGACUACACCUGUCAGGUAGCCUGCUGGAUGGAGGAGAAGUCCCGUCUUUACCAGUGUCUCCUAUGGUGCCACUGGGUGUACCCGGAGAUCAGCCCCCGGCCUAUACCCCACAGGCCUCGGAUGGGCACCUCUCUCUCUCUCACGGGUCAGACAAAGGGGCCGCUGCGGCCCUGGAGGACUGGGAGCUGGUGGAGAAGCCCCAGGAGGAGGAGAGUCAAGUAGUCAACGGGGAGGAGGCCUUCUACCUGCCACAGGGGGUACAGAUAUUCUUUGUGGCCGCAGACGGGCAGGUCAGCGCGCCGUCAUACCCAAGCUUUUUGCGCAUCAUCGCUUGUACCAGCACCCAGCAUGGGAGCCAGCCUCUACGUCAUCCCCCUGCCUACCUACAGAUCUCCAGCUGGCUCUACCCGCUGUACCCCGACCUGCCCGUCCUGCUGAGUAACACGGGCGUGUUCACAUUCCCCGACACCACCGCCAGCACGCCAGGGUCCUACGUAGGUGUGGUGCUGUCCUCCCAGCUGCCCUCUGGUGAUCGAGCUCGCUUCCAGCAGUACCUGUCGCGGCUCACCCUGCUCAGAGUUCAGGCGACGGAUGAGGACACUUCUGCAGAGGCCAUAGAUCUGGGGGAGAAGAUCCCCAUUGGUGGACCUGGAGCGGAUGGGAGGAACCUACCAGAGUGGAGUGACCGGUUGGCCCAGAACAUUCUUGCAGGGGCGUCGUGGCUAGGCCGAGGGCUGGUGAAAGGUGGCAGUGCUGCCGGGAGGGCGAUCCACAAGGGAGCGUCGUCGCUGCGAGGCCACAUCACGCCUCAGGAGACGCCCGCCGAGGUCAGCCCCCGCGUCAGCAAGGGCCUGAACGUCGCCAGGGAGGCCAGCGGAGGGGCCGUCAAAGUCAGCCAAUUUAUCGUGGAUGGCAUAGCCACGGUGGCUGAUCGGGUGGGUAAGGAGUUGGCACCACACAUAAAGAAGCACGGCAGUAAACUCAUCCCAGAGUCACUCAAGAGGAACAAGGAUGGUCAGUCAAACAUGGACGGAGCACUGAUGGUUGCUUCAAGUAGCAUACAAGGGCUAUCAACGGUGUGGACGAGUAUGGAGACAGCUGCUAAAUGCAUAGGCAAAAGCCUAGCUACAGAGACGGUCUCAACAGUAAGGCACAAGUAUGGGGACGAGGCAGGGCAGGCAGCAGAUACAACUGUCAAGUCUGUCACCAACAUCGGCAUGACUGCCUACAACAUUGACAACAUGGGCCUGAAGGCAGUGCUGAAAACGACAGGGAAGCAGACGGCAAAGGAAAUGGUGAAGAAGGAGGAGGAGGAAGGUGCUGAUGAAACAAAAGAAAAAGAAUGAGGCGAUACAAUGUCUAGAUGUCUACACACUUACUCAGCAUUGAUUAUCUGUGGGGACUUGGGAAUACUGCUAUGUAUUUAUAUUAAAUGUAUUGCAGUGUAUUUUUUAAAAUUCCUGGCAAUAUGUGCCAGAUCUAACAGAGGGAAAUGCUGGUCAUAUUUGGGUCAUGUUUUGUAAUAUUCUUUUACAACUUUUAGCCUACUUCAUUUGUUUUAUGAAUAUAUGUGCAUCUGUGGGGUCUGUG